AAUAAAUGAAUGUCUCUGUUUUUAGAUCUCAUUCACUCUGUCUGUCAUAACUCAACACCCUCUCUACGUUGUUUUCCUGACCUACAGUCACGAGGUUUACUUUGAUAGAGACACGAUUACUCACACUGUCCAGGAGAAAAAUACUCAUUCUGCUGCCAUGUUUAGAAAAUGAAGAGACCAGCUUCGGAUGAACCAUGAGCACAUUUCAUAGUUCUGUAUGUGAUGAUUAAUAAUGAGCUACAGUGCAUUUCUCCACAAAAAAACAUCAACAACCUUUUAUUAAAUUUUUCUAUUUGGAUUUUAGAGGACUCAAAAGACAUUUCUUUUUAAAUGCAUGAAUCAUGAGUCGUUUGGAUUGAAUAAUGCCGGCCCUGAACAAACAUUUAUCCGUUGAUGGAAUUGAACUUGAAACACUUUUCUGUUUAGUUAUUUUAUUUACUUGUAACUUUACUAAUAAAGACUAGUUUGUGACCAAUACUCUCUUGUCAUCAUUGUGAAACUAGUGGUGUUGCAUAAGUUUACUGUGGAUAGUUACAAAAUAGUGCUGGAAUGAAAAAAAGGAAAAGAAAGAAGUCGUCCCAAAACCUAGGAAGCUGCCUACCUGGACAGCAUUAUAAGUCUAAACUUAAACAAAAUAGUACUGGGCACAUUGUUACUGGGCAUUAUAAGCUUCACAUGUAGCAUUUUGGGCAUGGAUAAGGUCCAAACCUAGUUUGCUUCCUACCUAGACUGCAUUUUGACUCCCAGCAAUGCUGCCCAGAUAGGCAGCUUACUAGGGUUUAAGACAGCGCCUCUUGUUUGGGCGAGAGAGUGCAAAAGGGACCCAGUGUCUCGUGUCGUUGCCCUGCUGUAGUCGCGUGAGUGUAUUGCAGACUGCGAGGAUGGAGAGCUACAAGCAGUUUCUCGUUGUCUUGCCUCUGGCUCUGGCGCUCGGGUUUGUGGCGGUCGCGUUCGCUUUAGCGUGGGUUCUACACUUCAGAGAGGGGCUCGGCUGGGACGGGGGAGCGGCGGAGUUUAACUGGCACCCGUUGUUGAUGGUGAUCGGCUUUAUUUUUCUCCAGGGAGUCGCAAUUGUAGUGUACAGGCUGCCAUGGACCUGGAGGUGCAGCAAGCAGAUGAUGAAGCUUAUCCACGCAGGGCUGAACAUUCUCGCCUUCAUCUUGGCUGUCAUUUCUGUGGUGGCUGUGUUUGAUUUCCACAAUGCAAAGAAUAUUCCCAAUAUGUACAGCCUGCACAGCUGGAUUGGCCUGGCUACUGUCAUACUCUAUCCAGCACAGAUAGUUAUGGGCAUUGCCGUCUAUCUGAUACCUGCAACUCCAGUGUACGUGCGUGCUGCUCUUAUGCCUGUACACAUCUACAGCGGCCUGUUCAUCUUCACCAGUGUUAUAGCCACAGCUCUCAUGGGCAUCACAGAGAAACUCAUAUUUAGCCUGAAGAGCCCUGCUUAUAAAGAAUCUCCACCGGAAGCUGUUUUGGUCAAUCUUCUUGGGCUGCUCAUUGCUGCAUUUGGUGGUCUUAUUCUCUGGAUUGCUACUCGCCCCUCUUGGAAGAGGCCGAGAGAAGAAAUCACACAAGGCGUGAGCAAUAACAGCUCAAGCCCAGAGGGCGUCAAAGUGGGCACUGCCAUGACCUCAAGAACCGAGCACGAAUCCAGCCUCGAGACACGCAGACGCAACGGAAAAGCAGAAGAGUCUGGAUAAACAAAGAGUUUUGAAACAAGUUUGUGGAUUUUAGUUCAUUUCAUCUCAAAGAAAACAGAAGUGUCAUUCCAAACAUUUUUUAUUUUUAUUUUAAAAGUUAUUCAGAAAAAAACUCUAGGU